CUUGGGCACGGCCUUGCCGGUUUGGCGGGGUGAAAGGUUGCGAAGAUGGCGACGGCCUUGAGCGAGGAGGAGCUGGACAAUGAAGACUAUUACUCGUUGCUGAACGUGCGCAGGGAGGCCUCUUCUGAAGAGCUGAAAGCUGCCUACCGGAGGCUGUGUAUGCUUUACCAUCCCGACAAGCACCGAGACCCAGAGCUCAAAUCACAAGCAGAACGACUGUUUAACCUUGUUCACCAGGCUUAUGAAGUGCUCAGCGACCCCCAGACCAGGGCCAUCUAUGAUAUAUAUGGGAAGAGAGGACUGGAAAUGGAAGGAUGGGAGGUGGUGGAAAGAAGGAGAACGCCGGCUGAAAUCAGGGAGGAGUUUGAGCGGCUGCAGAGGGAGAGGGAGGAGCGGAGGCUGCAGCAGCGCACCAACCCCAAGGGGACCAUCAGUGUUGGCAUCGAUGCCACUGACCUUUUUGAUCGCUAUGAGGAGGAGUACGAAGAUGUGUCCGGAAGUGGCUUUCCACAGAUUGAAAUUAACAAGAUGCACAUAUCCCAGUCCAUUGAGGCACCCUUGACAGCUACAGACACAGCCAUCCUCUCUGGAAGCCUCUCAACCCAGAAUGGGAAUGGAGGGGGUUCCAUUAACUUCGCGCUUAGACGAGUCACGUCCGCAAAGGGAUGGGGAGAGUUAGAAUUUGGAGCCGGGGAUCUGCAGGGACCUUUAUUUGGUCUGAAGCUGUUCCGUAAUCUCACCCCAAGAUGCUUUGUGACGACAAACUGUGCUCUGCAGUUUUCAUCCCGUGGAAUCCGGCCGGGCCUCACCACUGUGCUAGCCCGGAACUUGGACAAGAACACAGUGGGCUAUCUGCAGUGGCGGUGGGGUAUCCAGUCGGCCAUGAACACGAGCAUCGUCCGGGACACCAAAACCAGCCACUUCACUGUGGCCCUGCAGCUUGGAAUCCCUCACUCUUUUGCACUGAUCAGCUAUCAGCACAAAUUCCAGGAUGAUGACCAGACGCGCGUGAAAGGAUCGCUGAAGGCGGGCUUCUUCGGGACGGUGGUGGAGUAUGGAGCCGAGCGCAAGAUCUCCAGGCACAGCGUCCUAGGCGCCGCCGUCAGCGUUGGAGUCCCUCAGGGCGUUUCUCUCAAAGUCAAGCUAAACAGGGCCAGUCAAACUUACUUCUUCCCUAUUCACUUGACGGACCAGCUUCUUCCCAGCGCCGUGUUCUAUGCCACCGUGGGGCCGCUCGUGGUCUACUUUGCUCUUCACCGUCUGGUCAUCAAACCAUACCUCAGGGCUCAAAAAGAGAAGGAGUUGGAAAAGCAAAGGGAAAGCACAGCCACCGACAUUCUGCAGAAGAAACAAGAGGCAGAAGCGGCUGUUCGGUUGAUGCAGGAAUCUGUCCGAAGAAUAAUUGAGGCGGAAGAGUCCAGAAUGGGGCUCAUCAUCGUCAACGCCUGGUACGGGAAGUUCGUCAACGACAAGAGCAGGAAGAGCGAGAAGGUGAAGGUGAUUGACGUGACCGUGCCCCUGCAGUGCCUGGUGAAGGACUCGAAGCUCAUCCUCACGGAGGCCUCCAAGGCGGGGCUGCCCGGCUUCUACGACCCGUGCGUAGGUGAGGAGAAGAACCUGAAAGUGCUUUACCAGUUCCGAGGCGUCCUGCACCAGGUGAUGGCGCUGGACAACGAGGCGCUUAGGAUACCAAAGCAGUCUCACAGGAUCGAUACAGAUGGAUAAACUGCUUGAGAAACCAGAUUUACAAGAGGCUGCAAAAAAUCCUUUCCUAGGAGUCUACAAAUUCAGAAGCAGGGAAAAAACCCAGACAUCAGAUGUGUUUAUUUUAUAUUAUUCCUAAAGAAGGUGGUACCGUAUCAAUUAUGUGGAGGGACACACAGACACCCCGCUUUCAUGGGUGCUGUAAGUAGGACUGAGGCAGACCCACCUGGACCAGAACCGCGGCACGGCCUGUGGCUGUUUUCCCAAGGAUCAUGUCCCUGGAGGGAAGGGCCCUGGGCCCCGGCCCCCUAGGCUCCUGAGCCCCGCGUGCCAACUGCAGCCACCCAGUAGCGCUCGGUCUUGAGGUAUUUAUGGAACAUCCUGCCCUCACACAUAGGACUGUGAACUACUUUUCCUAAAAUCCACACUGAGCAUGGAAAACAAAAUGGAAAGGAAGGAAGUUGUUCUCGUGAGCAGAGGUCUCCAGAACAAGUGAGCGUCUGUUAGUCAACUUCCCAAAAACCACUUUUUCCUGCUGAAAUAUUAUUCAGUGAAGCUGGAGAGGAUUGUGUGGGUUUAUAAAUCUGCUUUUUAUCUGAGAACGAAUGGUUUUGGAAAUUAAUGUCUUCCCCCCCGCCCCGAACUUCUGGAAUCAUUCCACUGGCACGUGGCUUGGGACAGAGUGGUAUAAUCCCCCGGUCCCAGGGCCCAGCCCUGUCACCGGUCACUUCCUCCCAGGGGCCACCUGUGUCCUUGUGGCAAAAGGCAGAUGUGAGCUAAGCCAUGUCCCUCGCAGCCCGCCCCCAUGGCUCAGCCUGACCUGCCUCUGCCCGCGCCCCCCCCCCCCCCCGCCCUGACACUGGAGCUCAGGAACGAAGGGAGGCUUGGAGGAGAGGGCAAGCAUGGGCCGGGGACUGAAAGGACCCUGGCUCCGGUUCCUGCCAAAUCCCCCCCAUGCUGGGAGAGCAAGGCCAGCCGGAGCCUCGCUUGCUCUCUCGUGCGCGGCCAGCAGGUGGCGCAGCUGCUCCCACGCCUCCUCCCGCCCCACUCCCUCCUCAGUGGGGACUGGUGGCGGCUCCCAAGCCCCUCUUCCUUCACUUGCCUCUUCUGUGGAUGCAGAACAUUUUAGAAGCCAGGAAGCCCUGGCUGGUGGUGGUUCUGACAGCGCCCCACCCCCCAGCCCCGCAGCUACUGCUAAAAUCAGGCUCUGCGGUGGUACCGGAAUAAUUGCUGUUACCCUUCCUCCAGUUUUCAAAAACAGUUCAGGUCAUCCAAUUCUGGAAUAUUUAUCUCCAUUUGAUAAAGUUUUUCUCUGAGCUGCAGCUCUGAAUGUAAAUCGUGCAAUAAGGUGGCGUGAACUCUGACUUUGGACGCGGCCGUUCGUUCCCUCCACGGCAGGUGGCUCUUUGGGCCCCGAUUCUCUUCAUUUUGUCUGAAACGGACUGUACAGAAGGCGCUCUCUUACCACAAUAAACCUUUCCUGA